UCAGCAGGGGAUCAAAUACUUUUUCCCUCACUGUAGGUGGAACGGGUCAUGGGCGGCAUGGGUCACCGAGGAGGGUCGCGUAGGCACGCGCCAUCGCAUGAGUUACGAUGGCCACGCCGUGGGGUAUAAGCGGAGCGGACAACUCCGGCCCCAGAGUGAAAUUACACACGCGACGCAGUGCUUCGGCAAAGGCACCCCGACACAAAUACAUCUCACCACCACCACCACUCCCAAGCCUCCCCCGCCACCACCAGCAUCAUCCUCCAUCUCUGCCAGCCUCCUUCAUCACCCUCCACCCACCACCACCAGCCUCCACCGCGCUCCCCGCUCCACCCCCUGUCCCUCUCUUACCCCGCCUCGUGCCGCGAUUUCCCCGAGGGAACAGCGCCCCCCCCCUCUAUCCCCGACCCGCCUCCUCUCUCCACCUCCCCCGUCCCCUCCCGGCGGUCACACCGCCGACCGCGUGCACCAUCCUGCACGUCGCGUCCCGGCCCGGUGCCUCCAACCCGCCCGCCUCACGCAGCGCGUCCACGGAGGUGGUGGUUGUGGUGGUGGUGGUGCCGACACGUGCUUGUGGCUCAACCGCGUGUCUCAUUCACCAGAUCUCGCCGACCAGGUCGAGGAUUUCCGUUCCGUCUGGACGUGUCCUCCUCGUCUCCUCAUCCCAUCAUCAAUGGUCAACGUAGUGUGACGAGCGCAACACGGAUCCCAGCACUCGUCUCAUCCUCUUCCUCACGUAUCAACUACUCACUGCCGGGAAGACCCCGCGUGGAUGAAUGGCGAUGUCCGUAGCUUCAACCAUAAGCGGCCGCUAUCACCACCACGGCUGCCUCCCCAUGCUGCUGCUGCUGGUGGUGGUGCUUCUGCUGCCUCCCAGCGUCCGGCUGCACCCCGGGGUGCUGGAAGCGGGGCCGCGGGACGUUCCCAGGGGCGCCCUGCACCUCCGCGUGGUCGACCGAGCCGGCCCCGCAGACGGCCAGGACUACGAGGCGGAGGCGCCGGAGCAGCAGCGCAGCGACCGCUGCCCCCCGCCGCCGCAGAGGCUCCCGGAGCGCGCCUGCGAGGUGGCGAGCUGCCGAGCCAACUCCGAGUGCGGACAGACAAAGCGCUGCUGCUACAACGGCUGCAGCUACGCCUGCCUCGAGCCCGUGCCGCCACCCCCAGUGCUGGACUGGCUCGUGCAGCCAAAGCCGCGCUGGCUCGGAGGCAACGGCUGGCUGCUCGACGGUCCCGAGGAGGUCCUCCCAGCGGAGGCGUGCAGCACCACGGAGGAUGGCGACGUGCCGCUGCAGUGUCCCACGGGCUACGAGUGCCACAUCAUCCGCCCGGGCAACCCGGCCCUCGGACUGCCCAACCGCGGGCAGUGCGUGAAACAGCGCGAGCACGCAGACCCGCACAGCUACAAGCACAGGCUUCGCAAAGAGCCCUCCGGCGGCGGCGCCAACAGCGCCGUGAGCUACGACAAAACGCACCGGAGUCCGCUCGGCAAGUGAGGGCCGAGGAGACGUGGCCACUGGCGAGGGCGCGUCCGUGCCGCCCGGUGCCACGGGGUGCCGCCCGGCGCCACGGGGUGCCGCCCGGUGCCACGGGGUGCUGCCCGGAGGGGCGGGGGACGCAGCCACGCUCGGAGACGUUGGGAGAUGCUGGAGGGCGGCUCUCACGCGAGGCGUGGCUGUUCAUCUCCCCUCGCCCCCAGUCUCUGUGAAGGCGCGACACACCUCCACUCAGAGUAGACGUAGCCAAUACUCGCACCCCGUACCACGUGACGCCUUCCAUCCAUCGUUGAACGUGUUUGUGCACGACCUCUGUUAGCCCCAUCCGUCCGUCUCUUGGCGGAUUUGCGUGGCUGUUAGGGACUCAACCGUAGAGGCCACAUUGAUCAAACCGUUGGCCGUGCCCUUCACGGCAGAGCCGUUAUCCGAGGGCCGACGUCUCAUCGCGACCUGCGGGCACCACCGUUAUGAUCGCUGAUUAUUGAUCACCACCUCCGCCGCUCACUCACGCGCGUUCGACAGCGUCACAGAACCCAUGAGUGCGCGUGGUUCCCCCCCCCCCCCCCCCCCCUUUUUAGUUCUCCUUAGAGCAGAUGAAAGCAGAAGUGCGUGAUGUUGCAAUGUACGUUUUUUUUCGUGAGCCAUUAGAACUCGUUGGCUGUAACGCAUUUAGCAAGGUAGAGGUAUUAGUCUUGUGUUUUUGUAACGCAUAACUCUUUCUCAGCGGUGGCGUAAUUGAGCGACUCUUAAAUUUCACCGGGCAAGCGAGCUGCAAUGGCAAUUGCCGCGUUAACCGCUCGUGCGUAACAUGGCGAGUUCAUUUGUUUGGUCGUCUCGGGUGGUGGAGGGUUCUUGACGACACACAUUUCGCUGGAUCGUAACCACGUGGCCUAACCCCAACACAAAUAUUUUCGUAAUCAUUACCGUACUGGCCGCGUACCCUACCGCGUGUUAAUAAGACACGAGUGGCGACGCCAAGUGGAAAAACUGCACUGCCAGGAGCUGCCAGGAGGCCUGGCUCCAGCUCCUCUCGGUGGGGGGGGGGGGCUGUUGUGAGUUGGGGGGCCACCGCGAGAGCGACUUGGCCGUUGAGCCGCGUGAGCCCGGGUGGGCCAAAGGGACGCGCAUUGGCGGCGGUGGUGAUGGUGGUGCCGGGUCAAUGCCAGCACCCGCCACGUAGUCGUCGGCUCUGGCUCAGGCAGUCGCGUGAUGGGAACGCAGCCGCGGUGCCCUUUAAUCCGCUGGCAGGCGGCGUGACAACGCUCCUCCAGCCUGCGCUUGGUGCUGCAAUGGCGCGCAGGUGAUGCGAACGCCGUCAGUAUUUGUGUUUCCGUUCGGAUUAUUCGCGAGUCGAGCCGAUCGUGGGGCGAGCCCCACCGCAGUGUUUAGGCGGUGGGUCACCUUGAGGUUGUGCGUUGUAAGUUGCACCGUGUAAGCUUUGUCAGUAUCGUCUCUUCGUGUAAGUGUUAUGCAACAUUUGAUGAACACACGUGCCCUCCUUUGUCAAUCCAUUGCUGGAUGAAUGUCUCCUCCAAGGCUGCGUUGGUAACGUGGUGUUGACUGACCAUACUUCACCCACGGUGGCACUUGCGGGUGAGUCUAACACAUCGGCUUUGGUGAAGAAGGGGCCACCUGGGACCGGAUUCGGUUGUUCACUCGCCACUCACGUGAGCCCUGGCUGCGGAUCGAACUUGGGCUGGCGGGUCCGCAGCUACGUGCGCUCACGCCGCUGGAUUCCCUAGUGCACGGUCCCACGUGGCGCUUCUUCUGCUGGGAGAAGCCUUCGCGGCCGCCUCGAGGUUUGUCAAAUCUCCGAUGGCAGAGACUCUGGCACAUUGAGGCACGAGUUCACUAGAGACCCCACGCUGUUUAGCACGUGAGUGGAGUUGCCGUUAAUGUUUGAACGUGUUAACUUCAAUUAUGUAAUCACUUUAUAUGCUAAUGUGUAUGUGAGUAAUUUAAAAGACGCAAUUAAAUUCCUUGCAUAACGCCGUGUCACCUCCCUCGUAUUUUGUGCCAGAGCGCAGCUCGCAACGAGGCCCACACAACCCACGACAACCCACGAGACUCUUCAAGCGGGAUUCAGCACAACUGCCACCAAAUG